GGAUAUGUUGGAGUUUCACUGAAAUAAUCAUUCCAUAAACGUACAUUGCCUUCUUUAUGAUUUCUUUCGAUAUAAACUCAUUUUUCUUCUUCUUUUCCUUUCUUCUUCUUGAUCACCAUAAUCAAUAGAAAAAUUCUGGAAUGUUUGAUCAAAAUGUUGAUCAAAAUAUUGAUGGAAGCAUGCAUUUUCUUAACAAAAGCAACAACAUUAAUGGAGGCAUGCAAAACUCGUAAAUACUGAAGCUGGAAGUGACUAACCAUGUAGAAAGUUCUUGGAAUUAACUAGAACCUUAUAAGACUUUCAUAAAAACCCAAAGGUCAUUGUCCGGAACAUCAUGGCUCAAUGGUAAAGACGGGUUUCUUUCUGCAUCCAUGUUGCGAAUUCGAAUUCUGCUGGAGGAAACUACUUCAUAAUGUCUCUGGACAUCACACGGAUAUGGACCUAUGCUUUAGAAUCCAUUUGCAUAUCUAGUUAGAUGACAUAUUCGUAGACUGCAUCUUCUAUUGGAAAUUAGUCUGGACUUUUCCAUAGAUCCGGGAUAUCCCUCGUUAGAAAAAAUAAAGAAAGAAAAACGUAAAGGUCAUUUGUAUUCAUUUCAGUCCUGUCACUUUUAUUCAAACGACAUGUCACAAAGGCAAAAUCAGAAAGUCGACACUAACCUAAAACAAAUUAAUGAGAUAAAUUACAGAAACCUUGUAAUCUUUCUUUCCCCUAUUUAAAAUAGCUCUCCUUAAUCUGCAAGAUAAAAGAUUAAGACAAGUGAAAAUAAAAAAGUAGACAGACGCUGACGGGGAAAACGCGUGGCGAAUAGAAACGUCCAAGAAAGAGACCAAUUCAAAAAAAAAACGGUCAAUUAAAAGAAGCGGUUUGAGUUGAAAUAGGCGGGCACGUGGUGUGUUUUCGCGACUCACCAGAGAAGAAACAUUGAGAGCUUCGUUUUGAUCGAACUGUUUUGAGAUUCAGACGGUACAGAUCGUGAUCGGAGAAUCAUAAACAAUAAUGGUGAAGGAGACGGAGUACUACGACGUGCUCGGCGUUAGCCCCACAGCUACGGAGGCCCAGAUUAAGAAAGCUUACUACAUCAAGGCACGCCAAGUACAUCCAGAUAAAAACCCCAAUGAUCCUCAGGCUGCUCAUAAUUUCCAGGUGCUGGGAGAGGCCUACCAAGUGUUAAGUGAUCCAGGUCAACGUCAGGCAUAUGACACAUAUGGGAAGUCUGGGGUUUCCACUGAGAUCAUUGAUCCCGCGGCAAUAUUUGCUAUGCUUUUUGGGAGUGAACUUUUUGAAGAAUACAUAGGGCAGCUUGCUAUGGCAUCAAUGGCUUCACUUGAUAUUCUCUCCGAAGGAGAUCAGAUUGAUACUAAAAAGAUUAUAGAUAAAAUGAGGGCUGUUCAGAAAGAAAGAGAAGACAAGCUUGCUCAGAUUCUCAAGGACCGCCUCUACCUAUAUGUGACCAACAAAGACGAAUUUAUUAGCAAUGCUGAAGCUGAAGUAACAAAACUCUCAAAUGCAGCAUACGGUGUGGAAAUGUUGAACACAAUCGGGUAUAUAUACGUAAGACAAGCGGCAAAAGAGCUUGGGAAGAAAGCUAUAUAUCUCGGUGUACCAUUUGUUGCUGAAUGGUUUAGGACGAAAGGCCACUUGAUCAAAUCCCAAGUAACAGCUGCAACAGGCGCAUACGCUUUGUUCCAGCUGCAAGAGGAAAUGAAAAGGCAGCUAAGUGCUGAAGGCAAUUAUACUGAGAAAGAACUUGAAGAGUACAUGAAGUCACAUAAGAAAGUGAUGAUUGAUUCUCUGUGGAAACUCAAUGUUGCUGAUAUCGAAAGCACCAUCUCCCGUGUUUGUGAACUGGUUCUUCAAGAUCCCAUUGCCAAGAGAGAGGAGCUUCGUGCAAGGGCAAAGGGGUUAAAAACUUUGGGGAAGAUCUUCCAGAAGAACAAGAUAGCCAGUGAGAGUGAUCCUUUAGUAAGAGCUGAACUUCACAAAAUAAACGGAAAUGGUCAAGACCGUGAUGCACCAAAAUCUGAUGAAGCAUCACAUUCUACAUUUGGGCCUCAGGAACCGCAAAGCCCAUAUGUGGAAGCUCCUAAACUUGGAGAAGAGCAAUUCAAUUAUUACUUCCCAAGGCCUGCGCCACCUCCGGGAGCGCAGAGACGCUCUUGAAAACUGGCAAAGGAUUGAUUCAAGAUAAGAGAUCGUGAAAGGUCAUCUAAUAUUACAAAUUUUCAAGCCUUUAUGCAUAUAUAGAUGUGUAUUUACUGGCGGUGGUAAACCUUGUGUAAUAUUUAUUAGGAUAAGAAAUUAUUUGAUCUUUGAAAAGCACAUAAACUCUCGUCUUUGACAAUGUACAAUGUUUUAUUUUUUUUAUUUUAUCUAUAUCUAAGAUGAUGUUUGGAGAUCA